UCCUCUAACUCUAAAAUAUUUAUUUACAUGUUUGUACAGGGAUGGUCACGGUUUGUCUUCAAAAAUAAUGGUUUGGGGCCUAAUUUGUUGCUGGAGCAACUGUAUUUGGAGCCGUAAUUUAAUUUGUUCUAAUUCAAUUUUUUUGGUCUCUGCCUCUAAUUGAAUUGUCUCCUUCUCCACCCGGAUAAUUUCUUUCUCCAUGAGGACCUGUUGAAGGUCCUCACUUCUCCGCUUCGUUGCCGGGGGUGGGGAUGGAAUUGGACAGGAAGGGGUUGCCACUGCUGGUUCUAUUGGUGGUGGUGGUGGUGUUGACCUGGUAGUGGCACUUUCCAAGUCUGAAACAAAAUGUGAAUUUAUUAAUUCUGGGCAAUAAGGCUAGUCCUGCUUAUUCAACUAACAAACCAUCCUCAAUAAAUAUGCUAGGCUACAUACCUUCUUCCAACUGCUCCGGCGGUUGAGGACAGCCGCUGUCCACCCCGUCCAACCCGACGAAGGCUGGUGAAUCCUCCCCAAAAAUAGCGACAAUAAUGUCACUAUAAGGUGACGUUUUCGGGGGAGGACCACCGCCGGUAGGAUGGUGCUUUAGAGCAGAGACGUCCUUCUUGGCCCGGGACAGGAGGUCUUUCCAUUUUUUUUUGAUGUCACCAUCCGUCCGAUGACAGCCGGAGUCCGAACAGCUGUUCAGACUCUCCAUUACAAAUCUCCAUGUCUCUUGCUUUGUUUUGUUGGUUAUAACAUUGGACUGCUUGGCAGUCAGUGCCGUCUUAUUCUAGCUGUACAAUUCUAUUAAUUUUCUUAUUUCCACGUCGGUGAAGUUAACCUUUCUCUUUCUGUUUUCCUCCAUCAUGUCGGUUUGUCGGAUUUGUCGGUUUGUCGGAUGUUGGUAAAAUAGUAAAUAGCUGUUGGCACGAGGUAUCCUAGCAAAGCGGUGAUAUGCGCAUUCCAUGGAACAUUCACAUGGCCGCGCAUGGCUAAGACCGGGCGUAGUUGAGACCAGUCGUAAGUCCCGUUGGUGCAACCGGCGUUAGUUCCAUUCUAACGCCAGGUCGUAACUAAGACCUACUUAGCAGUUACGACCAGGCUUAGUUACGCCCAGUUGGUGCAACCGGCCCCUGGAGAGUCUCGGAGAGUUUGAUGCAGUAGUUUAUCAGUGCGUCCGAUGUCAGGUGGACGUCUGCAGUCCGCAAGUCAACAGAGCCUGGGAAACUGAAGCAUCGGCCAAACACGACCUCGUAGGGCAGGGAUGGGCAACUUUCAUGAUAAAGAGGGCCACAUUUUUCAUCAGAACCAUCGGAGGGCCACAUGACUGCACACUUCAACUAAACGUGAGCAAUUUUGAAUUUGGUAGAUAUGAUUUCCUGUAUUCUGGUGCAUUUUGGGGAUGGCCACUACCUAAAAAAUCAUCCAGAAUCAUAACCUAUGUACGGUAUGUUAAUUGAACCAACAUACAUUAAUUUCAUGUUUUCCAUGCUCAAACAGCCACAUGAGUGGUCAGUAUUUUUAUCAGUGCAAAGGGCUCACAUACAUCAUCAUUCAAUGAAGUCAAAAAACUGAAAAACAGUGGCCCAACAUUAAGUGCAACAACUCAAUGAACUCAAACCCAACAAGCAGUUGUAGUAGUUGAAGUGGCGACUUAAGUGGAUAUCUUUAAUGACUGAUAUCGCUUUGAAGCAAACUAGACGCAUGGGUUUGCCUUCGAAUUCUAUGAAUUCUUCUCAUCUUUCUUGACCGAGUUUUCUGUAACUCGAUCAAUUAUUAUUAUUCUUUUUUUUUUAUUAUGUGCGGGCCUGACUGAGAGAGGAUGCGGGCCGCACUGAGUGAGGAUGCGGCCCGCAUGCGGCCCGCGGGCCGCCAGUUGCCCAUCCCUGUCGUAGGGGGACAGUCCCACGUCUUUGUUGAAUGUAGCUCUCAUGCUGCACAAGGCGAUGGGCAUCGCAUCCACCCAUGGAGUCCCUUCUUGGUGCAUCUUCGCCAAUCGCUCCUUCAGUGUCCUGUUGGCUCGUUCCACCUGCCCUGACGAUUGGGAGUGAUACGGACAAUGGAAUGAACAUGUUAUGUUCAGCAUACGGCUCACCUCGGCGCAGACCGCUCCGGUGAAAUGGGUUCCAUUGUCUGAGCAGAUCUGAUCAGGCAGCCCGUAGUGUAGAAUGAAAUCUUUGACUAGCACUUUAGCUGUGUUUGCAGCUGGACUGGGUAUGCUUCGAUCCAGCGGGAGAAUUUGUCAACGACCACAAGGACUUCUCGAUAUCCUUUACAUGGAGGGAGUGUGAUGUAGUCUACCUGUAAGCAUCGGAAAGGACCCGGGGGUGCGGGGACUUUCAACAUUGGCAGUUUCACUUUCCUGUCGUGGUUGUUCUUGAGGCAUGUAGGACAUCUCCUCACAAUGUCUUUUGCCGCAGCAUUGAAUUUGGGUGACCACCAGACUUGCCCAAACCUGUGACGCAUCUUUUCCACGGCCACAUGCCCGAGUGAAUGAAUCUGCUUCGCCAGAUAUGGCAGUAGGCUCUGUGGUGCAACAGUUCUGUUCCUGUGUCUCCAUAAGUUGUCGUCGUGGAGUUUUGCUGCAUUCUCAAUCCAUGUCCAUUUUUCUUCUCGACUCGCGGCGUCUUGCAUCUCCAUUAUGCUUUUCAAGCUUUCCUUGUGUUCCUCCGUUUUCUUCAGUCUCAUACAUUUGACAUUGUCGUUUUCCGUUUCGUCUUUCUGUCUUGCGGCUGUUCUGGAUACCGCAUCUGCCAGUGCAUUGCCUCCUGCUUCGUGCGUGUCCAAUUUUGUGUGUGCUUUUACCUUCACCACCGCCAGUUCUCUGGGAAGUAGCAUUGCAUCCAAUAGUUCUGCAACCAGCUCGCCAUUCUUGAUUGGUGUGCCUUUGGUGGUUACGAAACCAGGUUGUUUCCACAGAAUGCCAAAAUCCAUUACAACACCCAAAGCAUAUCGGGAGUCACUCACAAUAGACUGUGGCAGACUUCCCUUCUGCAAUUUUGAGUGCUUGGGUCAAUGCUUUGAGUUCUGCUUGCUGUGCUGACGUUCCAGGGUCCAUUGAUCCGGAUUCCAAUACGUCGUGCUCUGUUGUAACCGCGUAUCCCGCUCCAAAUAACACAUUUUACAGUGUAGUAACAUACUUAAUUUCCAUAUUGUAAUAUUUGCUUGACCCUUUAAUGUUGUCAUUUGCAUCCCUACUGUGCUAAACACAAAUUCAACCCAUAGAAUCAAUUGGCAAAUUAACCAAAUGCUUUCACAGAGGAACAUAAAAUCAAAAUUACAAAUAGGUCCUGUGUGAAUGCUAAGUGGCAGCAUGCCUUCUGGGUCCUUCUUCCAGCUGGCUAAAUACAUCAUGGCCCGUCUGGAGAAACAGUUGAUCCCCUGGAACGGUCUGGAGAAGGCUCUGCUCACCGCACCACACAUCUUCCAGCAUUACGCCGGCUACUGGCAUAGCCGGGCUGGUCCCGGAUCAGCUAGCACCUAGCCAGAAGGACCUGCUGGUCAGUGACAGGGCUUUGCAGGACAUAGUAGCAUUUCAUUUUUGGCACCAAUCGUAUUGCAUAUCUGUUUGAAAGUUUGCUUAUGAAAGCGAUAGUUCACUUUCACUGAUACUGCUUAGAAAUAAUACGAUAAACAACAUGAAUACUUCUGAAUACAAAUAAUUAGGAUCCAAAAGUUGAAAUUCAUCGGAGUUGGGUAAGAAUUUUUGAAAUAAAAGCUACCCAUAUAUUUUGUAUAUUGCAUCCGUCCAGAGGAUGGAGUGUACGCUGAAGAGCCUGCCUCCCGGCUCCAUGCUCACCGUCAGCAGCGACCUGGUGGACGACCUCAUGGUCAAGCUGGUACUGAGGCUCCAGCCCCUAGCCCCUGAACGGCGAGGGUUACAGACCGCUGAACCAGCAGACGCUCCUGACCACCACUCUCAAGAUGAGUUGUUUCAUCCUGGCCACACUAAGGAAUAUGCCCGGCAUCACCGUGGACACCAGCCUCCCUUGUCCGUGCUGGGACAUCAGGAGGCUUGCCAUGCUGGUGCAUUGCGGCCUUACCAAGUUCUUGGGUUCCUCUCUCCAGGGCCCUAAUGUGCUCGUCUCCAUCCUGUGGGAGGUUGUCGAGGCCCUGCUGGCCCGGUACCAUUCAGACCGCCCUGAGGAAUCCUCCAUCCCCACCCAAGAUCCCAGGGUGAUGCAGGAGGAGCAGGAGAUGGAGGAAGAGCUGCUCAGCCAGAGACUUCCUGAGCAGCUCAGGGAGCAACUCUACGGGACGUUUGGCACGUGGGUCCAACACGGCAAACUCUUUGGCAGGGCUCUCCCACCGAUGAGCACCGCAGAGCAGGACCUGAGAGGAGGGGGCGCAGCCGCCCUCAGCAACACUCUGGCUGACGACCCUGUCGCUCUGGACCCCAGUCUGGACGCCCCUCAGAAGGAGCAGCCCGACAGCCACAGCCGUUGUGAUCCGUCUGUGAUGGAGAACAGUAGCUGUGGACCCGUCACUGGAGAUCUCCUUCCUCCAGCAGCUCAGCCAGAGAACGGAGAGUCUAACUCCGUCUCCACAACCGACCCGGUUGUGAUCCAGCGGUCCACCGUUGGAUUCAUUGUGGCCCAGCUGUUCAGAGGCCGGGACCAAAUGUCCUCCCCGUCCCACAUCGACCGGUACCGGGCCUUCCAGAACCUGGUUGUCCGGGAAGUCCACCUCCUGCUGCAGGAGAAGGCCACCAUGAACCAGGACAACCCUGGAUUUGAGCGGACCCUGGAGCGCCUGAAGGACCCCUUGCAGGAGGAGAAACUGGGUCUGCAGCUUCGCUGGGUGCUUGAGGAUAGGCUGAGAGAGGCCUUGCCCGGCGUGUGCCUGUCCAGGGACGGGCUCAUGAAGGACCCCCCGAACACCCUGCUGGCCUGCUCCCUGAUCGCCACAGAGGUGCUUGAUCACCUGAAGACCUCUGUGAGCUCUCCUGACUACAACAAUGAGGCAGAGGAGUGUCUUCACGGGGAACAGUUGUUGGCCCCCGCUAAGGACCCCCAGAACCCCCUGCUGGCCCCUAAUGAACCGGACCCCCAGAAUCCCCCUGAUGACUUCAAGGGAGCAGAGGAGUGUCUCCACGGGGAAGACACAACGUUGGUCACCUCCCCUAAGGUCAGUCAUCUUAGUAACUAGUGUAGCAGCCUAUCACACAGGCCACAACGCGGUGUCAUUUACAGUAACAAAGGUCUCUGUCAUUCCCAAGUGUAACCUACAGAGUGCUGCCUUCUGGCUGAGUCCUUUCAGUCCAACAGUACAUGAUACACAAAGCAACAAUUUUGAACAUGGGUGUUAAUAUGUUGCCAAAAAAGUUGUUACUUAGAAACAUACCAAUUUAUGUUUUUUUUACUGAAGGGAAGCAAAUGGAUGAUAUUCAUCCAUCACCAUCAUAGCCAAAAAGCAAAGCUAUAUUAUACUGUAUAUCGUACAUAAGUAUGGAAGAUAUUAUUUCUGCAGAUUGAUCAUU